AUGGUCCCGGCGGUAGCGCUGGAUCGUCCUGCGUCGAAACGGCUUCGCGUGACGUUCUCGAGUAGCACUGACGAUCAUGCUUCAAUGGCUGGCGACGGGAUUCCGUCGGCCAGCAUCUUGACUACCGAUGCCGCGGACUUUCGGAUGCGUGGAGAAGAGCAUUUGGGAGUCGAAUUUCCGUCACACGCGCCGCAAGAGACGGCCGAAUCGCAGUGCCGGCUUCUGCACCUUCCGGGCGAGCUGCUAUCCUCCAUCGUCGCUCGAGUCGCAGCGUCGGCCAGUUGCCCCAGCGACAUCGCAAAUCUGCGACUGAGCUGUCGCACCAUGCGCGCAACGGCGCACGCCCCCGCAACGCUGGCCGCGGCGAGUUCCGCGGCGGUGGAAGUGAGGCUGCGCCAGUGGUGCCCGCACGCGCACCAGUUCCUGCGGGAGUGUGAGGCGGGCAACGCCCCCGCCUGCCACUUCCUCGGCAUGGGCGACACCGUGAGGGACAGUUUGUCACGGGAGGAUCUGGCAGCGGUGCUGCAGGGAACACGUGCUAUCCUCUUCCACCCCCCCCACUCGUGCAGCAGUGCUGGUGCAUGCAGGACACGCACUGUCCGCUCCCCUCCCCCACUCGUCCCGGCUCUCUCCUCGUCUCACCUCUCUCACUGUCCCCCCCCACCAUCCCCCCAGGGCGGCGCCACGAGGGGCAGCAUGUCAAGGGAGGAUCUGGCAGCCGUGGUGGCGGCAGCGCUGGCAGUGCUGCCGCCUUGUCAGCACAGACGCAUCAUUGAGCAUCAUGGUCCAUCGAGAGCCAUUCUCUACCCCCUUUCCCCCUCCGCCCUUCCUCACACUUCCCCACUUCCCCGCUUUCCUCCUGUCUUCAUUUCCCUCAUCGCUCCCUUUCUCUCGCUACUUUACUGA